AUGGGAAAUCCAGCUGCAUCUGAAAAAGAAGGCGAGCCCUCUCGGCGACGCGUGAUGCGCCAGAAGGCGUUGACACUAGGUGCGUUGCAGUGCGCCAGCGCCCAAAGCGGCGACCCGCGCGCGCUGGGGGAGAAGAUCUGCGACGCCUGGCAGCCCCCGCAGAGCACGGGAGGCCAUUUGGAGAGGUCCGAGCUGGGCCCGGAGAUCACCCUGGAGGUGCGGAAGUGGCUCAUGGGCACUAUCUCGGGGCUGCAGUGUUCGCACGUGGUCAUGGACAAGGCGCUCACGGUGCUCUCGAACUUCAAGCUCUCCAGCGGCUGCGAGUUGGAGGUCUUGGGCGGACCGCUUGGCGCCAUCGUCGGUGGCUACAAUGAGGAAGACUGGCUCCAUCUGGAGAUUUUCUCGAAGUCACCCAACGAAGCGCUCAAGGACGCCUUCGAGCUGUUGGGUUUCGAGAAUGAGGAGGGAGACUGGUCUGGACUCCUGGUGGAGGAGCUGUCCCUGGCCUACCGGCGCCAGUGCCUGCGGGGCCAUCCAAGCCGCGGGGGGUCGGCCAGGCACUACCUCAAGCUGCAGGUUGCCAUGGAGCUGAUCCGUGGUUUCUGUGCGGAACGCCCAGACAAAGCUGAGGGCUUCGUGCUGGACGACCAGGCGCUGGCGCGGGAGCUGGAGCUGUCACCCUCGGAGGCGGCCAUGGAGGCAGACACCCUGCCCGCGUCGCGCUUGGAAGAACUCAACCGCGCGCUGGAUGAGUACAUCCUGCGACAAAUGUGCUUCAAGAGCGAGAUCGUCGCCGAAAUUGCCCGGCUCCACGAAAACUCGGCGUACUCCAUCCUGGGCGUGUCGCCAGAUGCCUCUGAUGCAGACAUCAAGAAGGCAUACCGCGUCGUGGCCAUGCAGUGCCAUCCCGACAAGGGUGGCGACAAGGCGGAGUUCCAGGAGCUCCACGAGGCCUACGAGAAGAUCAUGGAGCAGCGCAGGAGCUGCUGGCUUCGCAUGGGGCGGGAGCCAGACUCGUCUUCCAUGCGCAUCGCGAUAGACCUGCGUUCCUGGAAGCGGAUCGGCCAGAACACAUGCGCGCGGCCGAAGCCCAAAGUGAAGCUCUGCCAAGCGGUUCCCUGGGCAGUGGCUCUGGAUGGCCACGAGCAGAGCAUCGUGACGUGGAACCGGGGCAUCUGCCGCCAGCGCUGGCCGCAAGCGUGCGAGAUGUUGCGUGCUAUGAGCAUGCGGCGUGUGGUUGCGGAUGCCAUCACCUACAACUCCGUGAUCCACAACUGCGACUGGCCGAAGGCCCUCGACCUCCUGUGGAAGAUGUGGCAUCCGCGGCCCACGGCGAUCAGCUACAACAGCGCUGUGGACACCUUGCCAGGGCUGUGGCGCCGUGCCUGGCGUUUGCUGAAGCACUGUGAUCUGGCCGGCUGCAACAGCGCCCUGAACCGCCUUGAGAGCCCGCAGUGGCGAGAAGGUUUGGGUCUUUUGGCCGGGCUGGGCUCGGCGGCGCUGCGGAGAAGCGCCAUCAGCUUCAACAGCGCAGCCCGGGUAUGCGCGAAAGACAUGUGGCAGCUGUCGCUGCUACUCGGCCGAUCGCCCCGCGAUCUUGUGAGCUGUAAUAGUUCACUCACGGCCUGCGAGGCCAAUGCCCAGUGGCCUUUGGCCCUGCAGUUGCUUCAGCGGGCACGGAGUGACCGGCUCCAGGUGGACCUGGUGACCCAAGCCACGAGCAUCGGCGCCCUCCGCGAGUCUCAGCGCUGGAACUGGGCGCUGCAACUCCUCGCGGCGCCGGCCCCGGACGGCAUCAGCUGCAACAGCGCCAUCCGCACCUCCCCCUGGCCAGUGGCCCGCCUUCUCCUGCUGGGCUUGCGUCCACGCGCGCUGCAGCUGGACGCACAAUCCUUCAACGCGGCCAUGGCGGAAGAUGAGUCCUGGGCCCGAGCCUUGGAGUUGCUCUCCGCGGCACGGGUUUCUCCCAGCGCCGUCAGCUACAACACCGCCAUCUCCAGCUGCGCGCAGGCGAAGGCUAGCAGCGCUGCCCUGAGGCUGUUGUCGCAGAUGUCCAAGUUCUUCCGUCUGGAUGCUUUCAGCUUCAGCAGCGCGCUCAGCGCCUGCAGCUGGCACACUGCCUUGGACCUCGUUGGGCGCAUGGCGUCGCUUCUGGUGCCGUGCAACGCGGUGACACGCCUGGCUCUGGUGGCCGCCUGCGCCGGCCGCUGGCGCGAAGCCGCCGGCGUUGCGGCGAGGGAAGGCCCCGCCUGGAGCGGCGCCGUGGGCGUCACGGAGAAGUGCGGCCAGGAGGUGUGUCUGAAUGGUGUCAACGAAAAGUCCAGACUGUUCCUGGCCAACUGGCUCACAAGCCGGAGCAGCCCCAACGGGGACCUCCAAAAGCGAGAUCAGUUCCUCUUCUUGCUGCGCGCAAGCGCGCGCACCCUGCGCUGCCUCGUGGUGCCCGACGGAAUCCGCGGAUCCGAGCAGCGCAGCAAAGCGGCAGAGACCGAGAGCGAGGAGGAGGAGGAGCCCGAGGAAAAGCCGAAGGAAGCUGAGCCGGAGGAACCAGAAGAAGAGGACCCAAAGGCGGACGACUUUGAGGAGGACGUGCCAGAGGAGGGGACCAGCAACGGAGAGGAGACGGCGACGUGGCCUCCCUGCUGGCCAAGUGUGCGAAGGCGGCGGAGGAGGCAUCGCGGUACGCCAAGACGGCGGCGGACUUCGCGCACCAGGCGGCGGAGGCGGCGGAGACGGCGCGCCAGGGCCGCGAGGCCAACGAGUCCAACGUGGCGCUCACCAAGUCCAUCGCCCACUCGGCCAUCGUCCUCACUCUGA